AUGUUAUCAGACAGACAAUUUACAGACGCUAUUACUUUUGUUAGAUCUUAUAAGGAUGCCCUUGAAUGUGUUGAAUAAAUUGCCGAAAGAAGAGCAACUUAUAAUCACUACGAAAGCUUAACAAGAACUGUUGUCGAAGGUCUCUAAAACAAAUAAAUCGCUUUAAAUGCCAACAGCUUGGUGAAGAGUGACUCAUUCAAUGAUUUCCCACUCUUGAAAGCUAAUAACUUUGCCAAAAAUCUAUGGACUAAGUACGGCUUUGCCUCAGUUUCCUCAAGAGAUGACUUGCUAGCUAAGCUUGACAAAGCCACUUCAGAACUUAGAGCCCAAGCUGAAUGA